AUGUUCAAACGGGGCACGUUGAAGGAAGACUGUCUGGAUCCAUUUGAACAGGACGAAGAGACACUUCAUCUGAUUAACACUCUGAAGAAUGUAUGCAGUAUUAACACUGGUGUCUCUCUUGGCCAGAUAAAAACAGCUGCUCAGUCUAUUACUGGUGUCUACCUCGAGUAUAACGAAAUCAACAAAUCGUAUUCAUUCAUUCACCAGUCAGUUUUUGACACAUUGUUUCUGCAGUUUUCUGGCGAGUUCCUUAAGAAUAGCAUUGAAGUUUGUCCUUUAUCCAUGCUUCUUGAGUACGUUGUAACACCACGUGCGCCCACUAGAAGCAUUGUUACAGUGAUGGUAAAGAAGGAAAACUACAAAUUCCUUGCCAAAAGGCUUACCGAUGAGUUGAAAGGGACUCGGCACGUUGAGGACGAAACGAAUGUGCCAAACAUCAGAACCAUUCUUUCGCACCCGUCAUUCAAAGACGAAGAGUUUGUGAAAUUUAUCACAGAAAUAGUCUGGAACAAUGACGUUCUCGCAGAAAUACUGAACCAGAAGCUUGAUGGUCAAGAGCUUCAUGUUGAAGUUGCUUUUACCAAGGACACUGUAGAACAGACAUGGAAAUAUGUUGAAAAUGAAGACAAAAUUGUUAAUAUUGAGAACAAAGGAAGUACACCACUUCUUUUGGCAAUAACUGUUAAGAGUUUUGAUGUGUGUCUCUAUCUACUUGAUAAAGGAGCUGAUCCAAAUGUCACUGAUGCAGAACAGAAUUAUCCAUUGCAUCUGGCCGUGUGCGAUGACGAACUCGAUACUGUGGCAGAAAAAGAAGUGGUAACAGAGAAAAUGAAUAAACAUACAGGUUCGCCCAUGGAAGUAAUUAAAAGAUUAGUUGAGAAGGGUGCAAAGCUAAAUGUUGUAGAUGCAUCUGGGAACACGCCACUUCACAUUGCUGCACACUACAGUUCAGUGGACGUGGUCAGGUAUCUAGUAGAAAAGGGUUUACAAAUAGAUCUGCCAAAUGGUAAUGGUGCGAUGCCCAUUCAUCUUGCAUCAGCCCAUAACACAUCUGACGUGUGUCUAUGUAUACUUAAUAACGGGGCUGUUCCCAAUGUAACAGAUGCACAUAGCAAAUCACCACUGCACUUUGCUGUUUGCAACAGAGAUGCAAAUGUUGUUGUAACUUUGAUCCACCAUGGAGCCAAGCUGGAUAAUGUAGAUGAAUUUGGAAACACUCCACUACACAUUGCCACUAAGGAAGGCUCCUUGCAAGCUGUAAGUGAUUUAAUGGAUAUGAAGUCCGAGGAGACUCUGGCAAAUGAUGAUGUAAUGUCGCUAUUUAACCUGGCAGUAGAACAUAACACCGAAGAUGUGGCAAUGUAUUUUCUUCACAAAAUUUCGGACCCAAAAUCAGUGGGUAAUACGGAGAUGGAUUCACCUCUACAUCUUGCAGCCAAAGUACACGCACCUCGUUUAGUAAAAGCAUUAGUUGAAGGUGGAGCCAGUGUGAACAAAAAAGACCGAUCUGGGAACACUCCACUUCUGGCUACGCUUCAAUACUACCCUAAGGUGGAACGGAAGAAUUUGGUAGAAUGUAUGACAUAUCUAAUAAGCAACGGCUCACUUGUGAACGUAGCAGACCAUAACGGAAGAACCCCACUUCAUUUAGCAACAUCUCUCCCAUCGCAUGUGUCAGACUGGUCACUGGUUUGUGUCACAUACUUGGUGGAGCACGGAUCUGAUAUAAACGCCGUGGAUGAUCGAGGCAGAACUCCACUUCUCCUGUCACUAAUAGAUCACCAAAUCAAAAUCAGUGUUAGUCUUUAUCUUCUAGACAAAGGAGCUGAUCCUAACACGACAGAUAUAUCAAGCAGACAUCCUUUACAUUUGGCAGCUAGGAAGUGGGUCACACCUGUACUGGAAGCGUUAGUGGAGAAGGGAGCCAAUGUCAAUGUAUCUGAUUGUUCUGGAAACACUCCACUUCACUAUAUGGUACAGCCUGGUGGAGAACGAUGGAUAAAGUAUUUAAUAGAAAAGGGAUCCCACAUAAACAAAGUAAACAAUGACGGUGACGCCCCACUGCAUAUUGCUGCAAGGGAAGAGAAUCCCUUUGUUGGUUUUGAGCUAAUUUGUCGGGGAGCUGACACUAAUAUUAUAAAUAAAGAGAAUAUGACACCUUUGCUUUUGGCAGCAGACACGAGUCGUUCAGAUUUGGUGCACGCUAUACUUUCGAAGGAUAAGAACGUGAAUAUCGUAGAUAGUUCCGGAGAAAUCGCACUCCACAAAGCAGUGCGCCAGAAUCGGUUGGAAUCUGUCCAGUAUUUAGUAAUGAAAGGAUCAGACAUAAACUUGGCAAAUUCUGCUGGCAAAACACCACUUGAUUUGGCAGAAGGAGAACAGUGUUCAGAAAUUAGAGAAUAUCUGAUGGCUAAAGGAGCUAUUUCUAAUGCAGCAGGGCCAUCGAAGGAUAAACCUUCAUCAUAGACAGUGUGGUUUCUGUUGGACUAAAUACAUUUCCAGAGAAAGAAAAUUGUU